CUCUCCCUCUCUCCCUCCCCCGGAAAGUUCUUUCUCCGCCAUCAAUGGCUAGAGCAGCAGUCUUCUUCUUUAUCAUUGCUCUCGUCUUUUCCAUCUCCCUCACGCAUGCUGCCAGAACUCUUCCUGUGAAGAAGCCCGGCCCGGUUCAGGGUUUUGAUGAAGAGAAGAUGGAAUUGAGCUGCGAUGGAGUCGGGGAAGACGAAUGUUUGAUGAGGAGAACCCUUGCGGCUCACAUUGAUUACAUCUACACGCAGGGGAAGACCCAUAACUGAGGUUGGGGAUAGAUUAGGGUUUCUUUUUCCUUUUUCUUUUUUUGGUGACCUAUUUUGGGCGGGGAUUUGUGCGAUUCAUGAAAUCGUCCAUGUUUAUUGGUUAGUAAUGAUGAUGGUGGCUUUGUGGAUUUCAUCCUCUGUUUUGAUUUGUGUUUUGUUUGCUUUGUUUUAGGUGGAUUUGGUUGGUUUUAGUUGCAGAUUUUCAUUAUUUUGGUUGAUUUGGGGAAGAAAGAGGGAUUUUGGGAAUAUGAAUGGUUAUUUAUGUAAAUU